CAGAUGUUAAAACUGUGUAGUAACAUGCAGCACUAAACAGAGAGCAAGCAGGCUCUCACCACAGACAUAGAGCUUUCCUUCUGUAGCUCCAAAAAAAGACGUAACACUGCUGUAUUUACAUUUUGAUCUCUUCUGUGUCUCUUAACCAAGAUUGGAUGCAGACUUAAUUUUGUCUGCAAGCAGAGAAGAGCUUGGUUCAUGCAGCCUGUCUGUUACACAUAGAUCUGGAGACCACAGGACAUUUUUCGUUUUCAAGAAAGAAAUAACUGCAUGGAAUUUAAAGGGUGGGCCUGGUGACCACAAAGGAUUUGCACAUUUGAUGUGAAUGUGAUUAAUUAUAUUAAUUCAGCUAUUGGAUGCUUGAACAUCUGGAGUUUUUAAAGCUCUGUGCAUCUAUAAAGAAUUAUUCAGGUGUCACAGUAUAAGAGUAAUUCAUACUGAACAAAGCUGUUGGUGCUACUGAAUCCUUUUUUUACUUCAUUAUGACUGGACUACAGUUAUUGUGGAUUGGAUUUUUAUGCAACCUGUGCCAUGGGUUCUAUAAUGGACCUUUAUUCCCAGAAAUGUCAAAUGGGACCCUGCAUCACUAUUUUGUUCCUGAUGGGGAUUAUGAAGAAAAUGAUGACCCAGAGAAGUGUCAGAUGUUGUUCAGAGUAAGGGAUGAGAGGACCUGUGAGUAUGGGGAAGGUCAUGGUCUCUCUCUAAAGGAUGAAUUUGUAAUUGUCAAACGACAAAUAGAGGAUGCAGAAAGAGUGCUUGAAAGCAUAAGGAAAAGCAUAUCUUAUGACCUUGAUGGAGAAGAGAGUUAUGGAAACUAUCUUGGGAGGGAAUCUUCUCAGAUCAGUGAAGCCUUCUCCAACUCGGACAAGUCUUUGACAGAACUGGAAGUCAAAUUUAAGCAGAGUCAAGAUAACGAGAAAAACGAAGCCAAAAAAAUAAAUGACGACUUUGUGGAUAUGAUGAUUCAUACAAGAGCUGUGCUUAAAGAAACCUUAGAUAUCUCAUUGGGACUGAGGGACAAACAUGAACUUCUAUCUUUAACUAUUCGAAGUCAUGGAGCAAGAUUGAGUAGACUGAAAAAUGAGUAUUUAAAAGUUUAAAAAUCAUUUGUUCUCAAGUUAUGCAUUUAUAAUUUAUACAGAUUCUCCUUGUAGAUUUUCAGGAAUACUUUUAAGUUUGAAUAGGUAUUUUGGUAAAAUCAGGUAUAAGCUAUACCAUUUGUGUAGUAGCUGUAUUGAAAGGGUUAAACUCUUUUAUAAAAAUGAUCUCUUUUAUCACCAAAUAUCUAAAUUAAACUUCCUUUUGGUGUCAUUAAAUUUCAGGUCCCUCCAGCACUAAAGAUGUAUAAAAAAAGCAUACAGAGCGACAGGAAAAUGUAACAGAAAAAAAUGUUUUCAUAUAUAUAUAUAUACAUAUAUAUUUAACCCCUUAGGUGUCAGAGAAGAGUGCAAUGCUUUGCACAUAUUGGAGCCCUUUGUGGUACCUAAUGGGUUAAAUAGAUACAUUUUAUGUCAACAUUUUUGUUGAUUCUUAAAAUAGUUUAACUCAUGAUGAACCAGGGAUCAGGAUGCCUGGGUAUGUAUAACAGAUCAUUCCAGUAUCAAAUGAGUUACUUAUAGAGAUUUUUUUUAAACAGACCAGUAGUGCAUUUAAGCAGGUUCUGUGUUAUUAAAAUGAUAUAUACAUUGUCUAUUGGAAAAUAUAAUUUAUUGUAUCUGAUUGUUCAAGCAAUCUAAAAAAAAUAAUACAUGGUGAAUAAUGUAAAAUGUGUAUUGCUAAAAAUAUAUAUAUUUGCCUUUGCAAAUUUCUCUUACCAGUUCCUUAAAGCCUCUCCUGCCCAUUUUAUUAUACCAAUGUAUAGAAUUAUUUUACAUGAAUAUAUAUAUAUAUAUAUAUAUAUAUUGAAACAAGAUAUGACAAUAUGCAUUAUAGAGACUGCUUGCUUACAGCAUUGUAAUUUAGCCUCUACCUUGUAGAAAAAAACCCUGAUAUCUUAAACAGAAUUCAGGGAGCACUCCUUUAAAAGAAAUAUAAUCAGAUCUGUACUAUAGAUUAUAUACAACAAAUCGUGAUGUGGUUCUCCAAACCUUAGUGAUUCAGCUAUGUAGGCUAACUUAUCAAUAAACAGUAUUGUUAUCUAUCCAAAUUCUCAGAAAAUGCAUUCAAGUUAUAUUAUAUUACAGCCUUCUUUCAAUAGUCAGAAACUGUAGAAUUAACUUGUAUUCAUCGCAAUCUUCCUAUCCAGGAAAUGCAGGGGUUAACAGACAGGAAUUUCCAGAGCUGGAUUACAGCACACAGCAGAUUUGUAUAUACAAACGCCUUAAAUAAUAGUAAUACCUCAUCCUUGUGUUUUUCAUGAGUCUUACACACACAAAAUAUUUUUCACAGGCGAUAUAUUACUCCUUAAAUACAAGUUCAUAUAUUCACAUUUUAUUGGCUUUUAAAGGGAGUUUAGUGAUCAUAAACUUUAUAGAGUCACAUGAGUCAUGUAGAACAAAUUACAGUUUGGAAAGUUAUAUAUAUUUUUAUUUUUUUACAGAAAUUACUGAAGGGACAGAGGCUUCCUUAUUUAGUUUUAUAGACUUGAUGCAUAAUUUAAAACAUUUUCUAUCACCUAUAAAGUUUUUCAGUGAGUAGUUUGUCCUUCUAUAAUGCUGCAGUAAGAAUAAUACAAAUGUCUCUUUAAUAGCCAAAAUUCCAGAAGGGUUUUAAAAUUAAUAACAGUCCCUUGUACAGCCUAUAGUCUGAAUAGAACAGUCUGUGUAUCCCUUGCCUCGUUAUCAAUGGACUGCACAUUGGAAAUAUCCUGUAUAACACACAGUGUCACAGAUCACUACAUCUGGGAGGCUUCACUGUGACUGCCCAUGAAAGGGGCAUAAUUAUAGAGAUUUAUGUAAACAUGUGUUAAAUAACCUAGUCAAUUAUAUCUGUUUUUUGUAUAGAUGUCAUCUCUAGCUUAUCAUAUCACACAUAGGCUGUGUCAACAUACAAAGCACACUACAGAUAUAGAAAGCCUGCCGGGGGCAGUGUAUAUUAGUCAUCCUAUUAUAAUAGGGAUAUUGUGAGCAAUCUAUUUCAUACAAUACUGUGCAUAUUAUUGAAUUCCUUUAAUGUUUCAUGAUACAAGAUAAAGUACUUUGUUAUGCUAUGUUCAGUUGUUUUGAAGUAUUACACAAUUUGAUGAGCAAAGUCCAUAAAAUAACACAGAAAAAUGUCUCAUCAUUUUGGUAUUGACUUGAAUAUUAUAUUGAAGCCAAUAAGCUUUGGUUCUGUAUUUAUUCCUACCUGAUGAACUUUUAAAGGGACAUUAUACUCAGAAUUGAAUUCCUUAUAAACUGCAUCUAUGCAUAGUAAAAACAGCUUUGCAAUGCACUUUUAUUAUUUAUUUUGUCUGCUUUUCUUGUAAUUUAAAUUUGAAAAUUUUUGUUUUCCCACUGCACUCAAGAAGUUGAAAAUGUAUUCCACAAAUAGCAGAACCAUGACCGUCUUACAUGCUGCACUGUGAUUGCUUGCUAUCUGCAUUUAUUUAUGUUUUUUAUAUAUGUUGCUAAGUGUCCAUAGCAAAAGAGAUAAGAUAAAUUAUACACAAUAGGGUUUUCAAGGGCUGUGUCCAAGGACUGUAAAGCAAAAACUGUAUCAAAAUAACAAUUUUAAUUGACUUGAAAAAACUUAAAGGGACACUCAGGUUAAAUUAAAUUUAAUGAUUCAGAUACAGCAUGUAAUUUUAAACAACUUUCCAAUUUACUUCCAUUAAAAAAAAUGUGCACAGUCUUUUAUACUUACAAUUUUUGAGUCACCAGAACCUACUGAGCAUGUGCAAGAAUUCACAGACUAUACGUAUAUGCAUUUGUUAUUGGCUGAUUGCUAUCACAUGGUACAAGGGGAGUGGAAAUAUACAUAACUUUGAAAUUUGUUAUAAAAAAAUCUACUACUCAUUUGAAGUUCAGACUAAGUGCUAUUGCAUUGUCCUGUUAUCUUGCAUUUGUUGCUUAUGCAAAUCUAAUGUUUUGACUGGUCCUUUAAAGGGACAUGAAACACAAAUUGUUUCUUUUAUGAUUCAUAUAGAUCAUGUAGUUUUAACCAACCUUCUAAUUUACUUCUAUUAUAACAUUUUCCUUUUCUCUUGGUAUCUUUUGUUGGAAAGCAGGGAAAUAAGCUCAGGAGCGUGCUUGUGUCUGGAGUAAUAUAUGGCAGCAGUUUUGCAAGAAUGUUAUCCAUAUGUAAGAUCACUAGAUGGCAGCAUGUUUUCCUGCUAUGUAGUGCUCCUGAUACAUACCUACCUAGGUAUCUCUUCAGCAAAGUAUAUAAUGGGAACAAAACAAAUUUGAUAAUAAAAUUACAUUGGAAACAUUUUUUUUUAAAUUGUAUGCUCUGUCUAAAUCACAAAAUAAACUUUUUGGGUUUCAUAUCCCAUUAACUUUAUAUGCAUAUAUUUUACAAUGCAGUGCUUUAUUGCUGAUGCAUUUAAACAAUUGGUUUACUAUCUCUUUAACCAAUCCAGUAUCUCUGUAUUCAGAUAUAUAGGGGUAUGGCACAUUAAAUCUGAUAGCAAGAUGAAAUAUUUUUCCACUUUUAUUCAAACCAGAUUGAUUUUUGGGAUAACUAUAGCCACUUUGGUCCUAAAAAAAAAGUAAUUUGAUCAAAAUCCUUAAAGGGACAUGAAACCCAAAUUUUUUUCUUUCAUGAUUUAGAAAGAGUAUACUAUUAUGAACAACUUUCUAAUUUACUUCUAUUAUCUAUUUUGCUUCAUUCUCUUGAUAUUCUUUGCUGAAAAGCAUAUCUAGAUAUGUUUAGUAGCUGCUGAUUGGUAGCUGCACAUAGAUGCCUCCUGUGAUUGGUUCACUGUGUGCAUUGCUAUUUCUUCAUUAAAGAAUAUCUAAAGAAUAAAGCAAAUUAGGUAAUAGAAGUACAUUGGAAUGUUGUUUAAAAUUAUAUUCUCUACCUUAAUCAUGAAAGAAAAUGUUUGGGUAUAGUGUCCCUUUAAGUACUAUUGCAUUACAGUGCACAAAACUAGUGGAAGAAUAGAAAAAUAAAUCAUAACGUUCAUUAAAGGGACAGACUACACUAAAAUUGUUUUUGUUUAAAAAGAUAGAUAAUGCCUUUACUACCAAUUCCCCAGCUUUGCACAACCAACAUUGUUAUAAUAAUAUACUUUAUAACCUUUAAAUCUCUAAAUUUCUGCCUGUUUCUAAGCCACUACGGACAGCCUCUUAUCACAUGCUUUGUUAUUUGUUUUUCACAAGAGGAGAAUGCUAGUUCAUGUCGGCCAUCUAGAUAAACAUUGUGCUCACGCCCGUGGGGUUAUUUAAGAGUCAACACAACACUAAUUGGCUAAAAGGCAAGUCAAUCGAUAAUAAAUAAAAAGUCAUGUGAUCAGAGCUGUCAGAAGAUUCUUAGAUACAAGGUAGUCACAGAGGUAAAAGGUGUAUUAAUAUAACCGUGCUGGGGAAUGGGUAAUAAAGGGAUUAUCUGUCUUUUUAAACAAUACAAAUUAUAGACUGUCCCUUUAACUUUGAUCUAUAAUAAUAUGCCAAACAAACAUUCAUUGUCAUUUCACCAAAAGUAGAAAGUUGCUUUUUGAAGCUAUUGUAGAAUAUUAUUAAAUAUACAUAAGCCAUAUAGUAUUACAUUUUCCUUUGAAAUUCCCAAUUAAAUUAAAAAUAAGCAACAAGUAUCAAAUACAGAAUCAUCAUGGAAAAGUACAAUAUAUUUUUCUUCCACCAAUAUAAUGCUACUAUUCUGAAUAGAUAUUAUUUUUUAUAUAUUUAUAGAAAACUGAUGUUUCUAUUCUAUUUAAUUUGAGUUUGCAGUGGGAGCUUUUUGGCAUAAUUUUCUAUUGCACUGCAACCCAAUAAAGGAAACAACAGUUUAAAUGACUUAAAGAGACAUACAAACCAAUAUAUAUAUAUAUAUAUAUAUAUAAAUAUAUAUAUAUAUAUAUAUAUAUAUAUAUAUAUAUAUAUAUAUAUAUAUUGAGAUUCAUAUAUAUCAUACAAUUUUAAACAACUUUCCAAUUUAUGACUAUGUUGAAGGAGCAGUAAUGCAUUACUGGGAUCUAGCUGAAAGCCAAUGUCAAAAGGCAUUUCUGUGCAACCACCAAUCAGCAGCUUCUGAGCCUACCUAGGUAUAAUUUUCAACAAAGGAUGUAAAGAGAAUGAAACAAAUUAGAUAAAAGAAAUACAUUGGAAAGUUAUUUAAAAUUGUAUACUCAUGAAAAAAAGGGUUUCAUGUUCCUUUAAGCCACCCAAAUUACAAAUGAUAUAACAGAAGAUCUGUUUUUCUUAUAGUUAGAAUGGGGGGGAGGGGCUUCACACCAGAAAAAAAUAUAUGUAAAUAGAAAAUAACAUAUAAUUGAAUCAAUAUUAAGAAUGUCUGUCAAUGUUUUAAAUGCAGAUUUUUCACUUUACCAGUCCAUGACGUGUGCAAUUAACACUUUCAUAUAAUUUGGGUAAUUUUACACUUAAAGGGACAUGAACAUGUGUUACAGCAUUUAACCCCUACAAGGAGAAAAUUAAAUACAUUGUUAGUCAGCUCCAGAGCAACAAUUCACUACUAGGAGGCGGAGCUAAUCACCAUCUAGCUCAUAGUAGUACACUGUCCGGAAUCUACCUAGCUAUGGUUUUCAACAAAAGAUAACAAGAAAGAAGCAAAUUUCAUAAUAAAAGUUAACUGAAAAGUCUCCUAAAAUUCCAUGCCCUAUCUUAAUUUUAGACGUUCAUGUCCCUUGAAUUUCAAUCAUAAACCAUAGGUUCCAACAAAUUCCAUAAGACUUUUUCAAGACAGACAGAAAGAAGACUGACAACUAUUUCAGAUACUCUUGUCAAAUUCUACCAAUGCAGCAUUAGUGAUGGUUUUGCAGUGCAGCGCCACUCAAGAACCACUUGAUUGAUUUGUCUAAUAGUAUUUUCUAAUAGUUUUCUAAUGCAAAUGGGUUAAAAUUUGAAAAAGUGCAAAAAAAAAAAAGACCCAUGGGGCACUUUGUACAGCUUUUCUAAUGCAUUGUAAUAGGCCAAUAGAUUCCCGACUAUAUCAUCCUCAAUUAAAUGUAUUCCUUUUGUUAUUGCAGCCAGUGGCUGAACAUGUAGACCAAUAUGCUGGUUCUCUGUUGUAGAACAUAUGGCCAUACAUAAAUAAACACAUGAAAAUGCUGUACCCUAUUCAGCUUUCAGGUUUAAAGGGGGUCAAGCUUAAUCUGUUUAUUUUAGUUCUAUAACAAGAAAUGCACAAAUGGUCUGUGAAAUAGAAGAUCACUGUCUAAUGAGCAAAACCCAGUGCUCUAUUAGUGGACAGUGACAAACUUACAAACGAUUACUAUUUUUUCCCCCAUACAGGAACAUGUAUAUGAAAUAUCAGACAGUGUAAUACAUUUUAAGUGCUCUCUUUCAGAUGAAAAACAAUUAUUUAAGCUAUGGAAUAUUUGUGUAAUUUUUGUAAUAUAUUUUGUGUGUGAAGAAAGAAGAGAAAAUAUGAAAAAUAUGUUUCUUCUAAUCAUCUGUAUUUGUUGGACUUUGUGCAUGAAAUUAUUAAGUGCAGUUAUCGUUAAACUUUUGCUGGCUUCCUAAUAUUUUAAUGUUUAUGUUAUUAAGACAAAAGCAAAAGUCUAUGGCAAGAAAUUUCAAAUAUAGUAGACUGGCUAAAAGCAUUGAGUAUGAGGGCUGUCUGGCUUGUAUAAUGCUCAUUUAACAAUAAAGAUUUAUGAGAAGGG